AUGAGAAGAAAUUCUGUUGGUGAAAAAAGUAGAAUGAAAAGAAACUACAAAGUGGCAGGGAAAGAAGUAACUUAAAAUAAAUAAAUUCUAAAUUAGACUGAGAUUAAACUAGAAAUAAGGUAAAAUCCUAUAUUGAGUUUGGCAGAGAGGAAAAGUAAUCAAAUAUAGAAAAGAAGUCAAUAUUUAAAUGUGUCGCCUGAGAAAAUUAAAGUUAAUAACAUAAAGUUGAAUUCCUUAGAAAUGUUCAUUAAUAUAUUAGUAUUCUUUAUUGUAACAUCACCAUAAGAGGAUAUCACCAAAUUAUUAACAUAUGCGAGGAUUUUUGCUACUCAAAACAAUAGUUUUAGCUUAUUUUUAGUUCUACUCUCUAUUCUAAUUUAAUUUCAAUCAUUAGAUUUAUAUGCAGUUUUUCAAGCACAGUAUUAAAAUAAGUGUCAAACAAAAAAGGUCCAAGUAGAGAACCUUAAUGCUCUUCUUCACUGA